AUGGGCGCAGCCAAUGUCGAAUACAUUCGCCUUCUGCAUCGCGUGGUGGUGUUCUUCAUCGCGCUGUGGUACGUGUCCAUCUCGAUCCAAGCAUUCCUGGCUUCCGUUUCGGUGUUGCGUGGCUUGGAGACAAAAGACAUGGGAAUCACGGUACAUGAGUCCACGCUCAUUGUCGACUACGCUGGAGAAGGAGCCAUCACCGACAGUCCAUUAGUUCAAAAUGUGCUGAAAGGAUCGACAACUUUACGGAACGAUUCAAUUUACCUCUUGACAAACAGUACUCACUCUUUUACCUCGUGUACCGCAAGCGAUGAUUUCGAUACUACGGUUUAUGGCGAUACAUUCAUGCGGUUCCUGUAUAAUUCACUUCAGAAACACGCGGUGGAUGAUCUCGCGUACAUUUCAGACCUCGAAUUAAUCGCUCCUGUUGUUGACUGUACGUUCGAUUUACUAGUUUCAUCCGACGAAUCCGUGACACAAUUGCGCAUGUAUUUUUUAACUCGACAGAAGAGUAAAAUUACCGAGUCGGUCUUGGUAUCAGCUUUAAUAUCUACCCAGGACUUCCAAGUGGUUCAACAGUACCAGAGUGGGGCUGCUUUACUCGUUACAGUCGCUCCUAUCAACGACAUGCAAGCCGCCGACGUGAAUCAUAGCUUUGCCAUUGCCUUCAACUAUCCGUACGAAUCCGAACCGCACAUCACUAGCAGCGAGUUGCUAACUACCGAUAGUGAAAACUAUUGGGUGUUUAAGAAUUUCCCCCCGCCAAACAGUAUUGAUACCGUGAAGGAGGUGCGUACAGCUUACCGCUUUGGCAGCUACAUCGAUGAUUCCAUCGCUCAAUCGAAUAUUGAGACGGUGGUUUGGAAUCUCCCCAAAGAUCCAGUGUCCGAAUUGAGGAAUUGGGAAUGGCAUUCUUCGGCUUCUCUACGUGAUUCGUGGGCCUGGACACACAGUAUUCAUGGCAUCUUCGCUGUCAUUAUCCUAUUUGAUCUCAGUGUUCUGUUCUUCGUGGUUUAUCAUCGAUUCCGUGCGGGAAGUUUCUGGGUGGGGGACGCCUUUGCUACCAUUUCCAACUCGUUACUUUACCGUGGAGUUUUAAUCUUUGCAUCUAACCAUCUUAACGGAUACUGGACGCUUACGGAAUUCUGUUUAGCUAUUGGGAACGAGCUCGGAGAUCGACGAUCCAUCCACUACCGUCCGGAACUGGUUCACGCCGAUUUGUUGACUUUCUUCUUAAAUAUUUCGAGUGUGUUAAGUUACGUUUUUCGCGAAAGAAUCGACCCGGUGGUGGCGUUCGCUGCGUUUGAGUGCAGUUUCACGUACCGUGUUGAACUCGUGGAUGCGUCGGCCACUUUAAGAACAAUUAUCGUGGACUUCGCAGAGACGGAUUACUGGAGCGGACUCAUUACGGUGAGUCCGUUCCUCGCUAAAUUGUCCCCUAUGAAAUUUUGGACUGUGCAUGGCAUCGAAACGGACCGUAAGGUUGUUGUUAUAUGCACUGUGAUUGCCAUGUUUGCAACGAUGGUGUGGCUCGUGGUCUACAUGUGUGCUCGAAAGUAUUUCCGACGCGUGCAGAGCAAAAGAGGAGGCAAAGCAAAGAUGUACGCUGCUGAACGGAAAUCCAUGAAUAGUGAAGUGAAACAGCUCACCUCGUUUGAGACAGCCACGGGAUCUGCGUUAAGUAAACGGUAUGGGGUGAUCUCAGGCUACGAUAACUAUCUCGUUCAAGACAACAAAAUCUAUGCCUCUAUCGACGCGGUCUACGGUAACGGGUACCUUAUCGCCAACAACAAGUUCCUGGUGGCAACGGAGGAUAUGUUGUCCCUUCUGGUCAUGAAGAUCACUCGCGUCCGCUUCACGAAUAUCUAUGUGUAUUCGAUCCUGGAGGAUGGAGGAGUCAAGCAGACAGCAGAACUUGUGUACCCGACUACCAUUUCGUGGGGUGAUCUUGCUCACUUGGGCGUAGCAAAGCUUGCAUAG